GGCCUCGCUUUAAGACGCACCCCCACUUGGGCCGGCCUCGCUUUAAGACGCACGCUGGGCUGUGCUGCCGGUUUGAUAUUAUUUUGCUGACUUGAUAUAUCUGUAAUUGUGUAGAAAAUUGUUUUCCUGGAUAUUCAUCAGUCUCCAGCACCAUGAGGAUGGAUGUGGAAGAAGGAAAAGGAGGGACAGGCCUACGCCAAUAUUACCUAUCAAAGAUAGAAGAACUUCAGCUCAUUGUUAACGAUAAGAGCCAGAAUCUCCGACGUCUGCAGGCUCAAAGAAAUGAACUUAAUGCCAAAGUGCGCAUGCUGCGAGAAGAGCUACAGUUGUUACAGGAACAGGGAUCGUAUGUUGGAGAGGUGGUUAGAGCUAUGGACAAGAAGAAAGUGCUUGUCAAGGUUCAUCCAGAAGGAAAAUUUGUUGUGGAUGUUGACAAAAACAUUGACAUUAAUGAUGUAACUCCUAAUUGUCGUGUAGCUUUGAGGAAUGAUAGCUACACACUUCACAAAAUACUGCCUAACAAAGUGGACCCCCUGGUGUCACUCAUGAUGGUUGAGAAAGUUCCAGAUUCUACUUAUGAAAUGAUUGGUGGCUUAGACAAACAGAUCAAGGAGAUCAAAGAGGUUAUUGAACUGCCAGUGAAGCAUCCUGAACUGUUUGAAGCUCUUGGCAUUGCUCAGCCUAAGGGUGUGCUGCUGUAUGGACCUCCAGGCACAGGAAAGACGCUGCUGGCAAGAGCAGUGGCCCAUCAUACUGACUGCACUUUCAUCCGUGUUUCUGGCUCUGAACUCGUGCAGAAAUUCAUUGGCGAGGGUGCUCGUAUGGUCCGUGAGCUCUUUGUGAUGGCUAGGGAGCAUGCUCCAUCUAUCAUCUUCAUGGAUGAAAUUGAUUCUAUUGGUUCAUCACGGUUGGAAGGUGGUUCUGGUGGUGACAGUGAAGUGCAGCGCACAAUGUUGGAACUUCUCAAUCAACUAGAUGGGUUUGAAGCCACGAAGAAUAUUAAGGUAAUCAUGGCAACCAACAGAAUUGAUAUCCUGGAUCCUGCAUUACUGCGACCAGGACGAAUUGACAGGAAAAUAGAAUUUCCUCCUCCAAAUGAAGAGGCCCGUCUUGACAUUUUGAAGAUACAUUCUCGAAAGAUGAAUUUAACACGUGGCAUUAAUUUGCGUAAGAUUGCAGAACUAAUGCCAGGAGCAUCAGGUGCAGAAGUAAAGGGUGUAUGCACAGAAGCUGGUAUGUAUGCCUUGAGAGAAAGGAGAGUUCACGUUACCCAAGAAGACUUUGAAAUGGCAGUGGCCAAGGUAAUGCAAAAGGACAGCGAGAAGAACAUGUCUAUCAAAAAACUUUGGAAGUAACUGCAUGCAGUGAAGCUGGUUGAUAUGAGACUUGGCUAUUUGAAACUGUCAAGUUAUUCAAGAUUUGUCUUUAAUAAAUGCCAUAAAACUAGAA